UGACCGCGCUCCCCCCGGUCCCGACCCCCCUUCCCUCCUCCCCUCCCGAAUCCUCAUUCCUAUCCCUUCUCGUUCACCCCAUGAGGCGCUGAGGGUCGUGUCUCCGGGGCGGUCCCCGCCGCCAGAGCAGCGCCAUGGAGGGCAUGGACGUGGACCUGGACGCGGAGCUGAUGCAGAAGUUCAGCUGCCUGGGCACCACCGACAAGGAUGUGCUCAUCGGCGAGUUCCAGCGCCUGCUCGGCUUCCAGCUCAGCCCUGCUGGAUGCGCCUUCUUCCUUGACAUGACCAACUGGAAUCUACAAGCCGCCAUUGGAGCCUACUAUGAUUUCGAGAGUCCAAAUAUCAACGUGCCCUCCAUGUCCUUUGUUGAAGAUGUCACCAUAGGGGAAGGAGAGUCCAUCCCUCCUGAUACCCAGUUUACAAAAACAUGGAGGAUACAAAACACAGGGACGGAGGCUUGGCCCCCAGGGGUUUGCCUGAAGUAUGUUGGGGGAGACCAGUUUGGCCACGUCAACAUGGUGAUGGUCAGGUCCCUGGAGCCCCAGGAGAUCGCCGACGUCAGCGUUCAGAUGUGCAGCCCCAGCACGGCAGGAAUGUAUCAGGGACAGUGGCGAAUGUGCACCGCCACGGGACUCUAUUACGGAGAUGUCAUCUGGGUGAUCCUCAGCGUGGAAGUUGGAGGACUUCUAGGUGUAACACAGCAGCUGUCAUCAUUUGAAACGGAGUUCAACACGCAACCGCAUCGCAAGGUAGAAGGAAACUUUAACCCGUUCGCCUCUCCGCAGAAGAACAGGCAACCAGAUGAAAACAACCUAAAAGACCCUGGGGGUUCUGAGCUAGGCACAAUCGGCAAAAACACAUGGGGGCCUGCUCCUGACCAAAUCGAACAAGAUCAGAAUGGACUGUCACAAAACUCUGUAAAUCUCUCCCCCAGCAGUCACUCGAACAACUUGUCGGUAGUGACGUACAGUAAGGGUUUCCACGGUCCUUAUCCCUUCGGACAGUCUUAAAACACAAAAACACAAAACAGGUAUCGGCAAGAGGAGAAUUUAACAAAGAACUGACUUUGGGGGGGAGGGAGAGGGGGAUUCAUGUGGCAGACAGACACAACGUGGACCCCCUUCUCUGCCUCCGUGUUCUGAAUAAAGAAGAAAAGACAAAAGCCCAAUAACUUAGGACUAGCUGUGUCCAGAGAAUAUGAAAUCUAAGGAUGCAUGUGUGAAUGCUGGGUUUCAGGAGUGUUGUUCAAUGCUAUGAGAAAGAAAAUAUACCAACACAAUGGGGUUUUUUUAGAGAUCAUUUUCACGUGUAGUAGGUAGCUUAAAAAGAAGUUUAAGCAAUGAAAAUGAAAAAGCCAUCUUUAAAAGAAAUAUUUUGCCUACAGAGCGGUUGUAGCUUGAGCAAAUGUUUAAUUUGUUUGUUUCUUGUUCAUCUUUAUUUUAACUGAGGGACAGCGUGCAUUUUUAUGGAACUGUUGUGUUUUGCUUGUUACCGAAUGGGAAUUUGCUUGACAUUUUCUGGCGCUUGUGCAGUGACUUCUUUCUGUUGGAUGUUUUUUUUUUAAUGACAGGUUGGGUCUGCACCCAGCUCUGCGUUUUUAAUCUUGUCUGCUGGUUUUAGCUACCAACUUUUUAAUCUCUUAUUUCUUUUCUUUCCUCUUUCGGUUUGGGUGUUGCGGGUGGUUGUCCCGCGUGUCACUGAAAGCCGUGCUGAGAACCAGGUCUCAGUGUGAAAGCUGGAGAGAAAGACUCUGGGAAUUCUAGGAGAAUGCUGAGGGCUUAUUUUCCCUUCCCCUUGUACAUAAAGUACACACAAAUACACACCCAUAUUAAUAAGAAACAGAUCUAUUAAAGCUCCAGAGCUGUCCUAUGUGGUUAGCAUUUUAAAAUACCUUUUUGUUAACUAUUGAUGUACAGUAGCUGUGCUUAGAGCAACCGAGCGAGCGAAUCAGUCGUGUGCCAAGAGGAAACUUCUUCUGUAGCUGUAACGCACUUGCUAGUAGCUGCAAAGCUUUACAGAAGUCAUGUCCUUUUAAUUGUGAAUCCUCAUCUCUCUCUUAUAGAGUCUUGACUUUGAAUUCAUUUCUCCUGUGAUAAAGCAUUAGCUUAAGGCCUAAUUGUUGGCAUUUCUGAAUGCAGUGCAAGAGUUAGCAUCAUCAGCUGGAUUCCACGCUAUCCCUUGUAUUCAUUUGCCUUCAUCGUCCUGGCUCGUACCUUCGUUGAGGUUCUCGCCUUCCAAACGGGCUCGGUGUUAUAGGAGACAUUGCUUCUCUAAAGACGUGGGUUGUUCUGCUGUUCCUCCAACAUGUUUUCCUCCAGUUACAAAUUGGGAAGCCCACUGUGAGGAGAAAGCGAAUGGGCUCGAGUGGUGCGGUGGAUUUCUAACCCACCACAGACCCUGUGGAGAGGCCAAGGUGAGGGCACACUGGAAUAGCCGUCUGCCAAAGAUACAGCAAUAUGCAAAGCUCCUAAUACCUUCUUCUGAAUCUCUCCAGGGAAGACAGUUGGCCUUGUUGGAGCAGAGUGAUGGAUCUUAUGGAGGACAGUGGGAGUUCCUUGUAUCCAAAGAGGAAGAAUAGAUUUUGUUUGAUAGAUUUUUGUUUGCAUUUCAGAGGUUCUGUUGUUAAAGGACACUGUUAUCUGAAGUCUGUCUCCUAAAAUCUGUUUGCUGGGAGAAACAAGUUUAAUGUAAUGAAUUAUCUGCAUGGAAGAGGCCCUGCAGGAUCUGGACCGCUAGUCAUCAGCACAUGGAGUUUGGUGAGCACUCGGGCCUAUCCCUGCAGCUCACUGGAGCUGGGUGGGUGUUUGGAUCCAGAGCAAACCAGUGGAAGGUGGUGCUGUGCUGCUCAGUGGACCUGUAGAGUCCGGUUCUUGUCCUGUAGGAUCAUUUUGCUUUGAAUUGUCUGUCUCCUCUUAGCAUUCAGUCUAAGGAAUGAUUUGCAUCGCCGUAGGGUAGCGUGGGCAAGUGGAUCCUUUCUUCGUUCCCUCCAUUCCGAGCAGGUGACUCUUGUGACCAGUUCUGAAGGCACAAACACAUGCCUGACCGUCAAACCUCUUGCGAUACUGAUGCUUCCCUUCUGAAGGCGUUGGAAACACCGGAGCCUGCUGUUUGACCAAGUGACAAGGUGAUUCCUUAUCUUUAUUGGCUCCUUAUAUCAGCAGUGUAGCGGAAGGGGAGGGAAAAUGAAGAUCUGAGUCCGUCAUAGCUGGUGUUGCAACCUUUGCCUUGUGUCAGCUGAGGCAUCUGGAAACUCUUCUACUCGGAUACCCCCUUGUUUCCAGCCACACGCGCGCCUCCCGUGUGUAAUGCCUGCCACAUUCAUGUUCCUGUGCUCCUCCUUGGACUGAGGUGUUCCUUUCUAGAAAGAAAACAACCCUUGCAUGCCCCCCAAGUAGCUGUGUGCUUUCCCACUCAGAAGGCAACUUGUUCUGCACAGCCUUGAAUUCUCUCGAGUGUUUUUAGUUGGUGUCCUUGUGACAAGGGUGGCGUCCUGCAGGGUGUGAAGAAAGGCAGGGCCAGACCUGAGUUGCUCCUGCAAUCUGCAACUUCUUGCUGCUCCCCUCUUCUUCCCCACGUAGGUGAGCUUGAGUGCUCUUGUCUGCAGGAAUGAUCUCUCUGCAAACGAUAGUGCAGAGCUCUGGAUGCUUUGAGAGUUGGGGCUGUAACCCUGGCCGUGACAGCGGACGAAUGUUUGUAUUCAUGGUUGCUCUACCUCUGGCUUUGUCAUUGAGUAAAAACUGUUUUGCUGACGCCAAAGGUGGUUUUAUCUCCUGUGGUUCCUUCGAGCUUAGUGGCGCAGCCAGCCCUCAAAUUGCUCUUGCUGUCAGGUUUCCAGCUUUUAAAUGGGAAGAUUUGAGAUGUGCUCAGCAAAGCUCUUCCCAAGUGACUUCAAGGCACUGUGAUUGUAUUGGUUUCUGUAGGGUUGAUGCCUCCAAACUCAUGGCGUCUUAACACCGAAUACAGGAAUCCAAUGGCCUGAUUUUUCCUAAGUGCUGAAUGCCAAAUAUUUUGGUGAGCCUGAAGUGUGCGCAGCUGCUCAGAUAACCUUAUCCAGGUGAGUUAUGCCCGCAGAACUCAGGCCUGUUAGAAAUGGGAAACCCUUCCUGAGUUGAGACUGGUGAACCAGUAAAGAGGCUGUUCCCCCAGUGAGGCUGGUGUUCCUGACUGGGGCAGGGAUGGGGCUGGUACCCGCUGGUACAGAGACAGAGAGGCUGCGAUUGGCUCCAGUCUGAUUAACACCUGCCUGCCUUGAGGCUCUUAGGAUUGAGAGGGAGAUCUUCCUUACCCUGCAGGAGAAAAAAGAUCAGGCAGAACAUCUCUGAUUGUGUCUAAAUGGAUCCCUGUGUCACUGUGAGCUGCGUAGGCUGUGUCACAUCACUGAUAAGAGUUGAGCAAUGGCAGACCACACACCUCUCAGCCUGAAAACGGAGCACGAUAUCCCCAGGGAUGCCCCAAAACUGGCAGUUCCCUGUGGAGAGCUGGAAGCUGCUGUCCACGUCGCAAGAACCUUGGAUUCGGACCCCUCUGGGGUUUAGAAGUUGCUGCUCCACCACUGAGGAGCAAAGCUGUUGUGGUCAGAGAGCAUGCGGGCACGAGAGCAGCCGGAGUCUGCAGGGUUCAGAAAUGCACGCUGUCCCACCUCUGGGUUUCUGUUGUGUGUUUAAUUUUUUUCCGUGUGGAAGUGGUGCGUGGGUGGUUCUGCAGCCUGUCUGUUGGCUCCGGGGGGAGCGCGUGCGUGGAGCAGGAUGGUUGGUGUGUUGCCUCGUUGAGUCUGGGAGAAGUCCUGUGAUAGCACAUUGGAGGUAAAAAUAAAGGAAGCUUUUUCCUUAAUGUAUAAAUGAAUAUUUGUAUGAUUAAAUUAACACAGAAAAAAAAAAAAU